AUGGCCGGCCUCCUCUUGCUCGUUGGCCUAUGCAUUGUCAUGGCAGUGGCUUCAUUCUUGGCCGGAGCCUUGCCCCUGUCCAUGACGCUUUCACAAUCGCAGCUCCGACUGAUAUCGAGCAUCGGCGUUGGAGUGCUGGUCGGCACGUCUCUCGUCGUCAUUAUACCCGAAGGCAUCGAAACUGCCGUCUCGCCCGCAGAAGCCUCUCACCUCCACAAAGCACGGAGUCUAGUGCGAAGAUCGCCAUGGACCCUUGGCGUUGAGCCCCGAGACAUCGUCAAGGCCUUUCCUGUUGUGCAGACCACGGUCCCUAUUCACACGAUACAAGCGGGAGACCUGCCCAGCCUUGCGCCGCGGAUCGAGGUUACGGAGAGCUACGAGGUUACGAAACGGCAAAACGAGGACGAAGACGCACCGCAGGAUUCAUCCGAGCCUGCCCCAGAGCACGAGGUACCCGAGGAUCACGAUGAGCACGGGGACGACGCAGACGGCGCAGAGCACCCCCACGUCCACGAAGUGCCAACGCUGGAAAUUGGCUUUUCCAUGAUCGCAGGCUUCAUCCUCAUGUUCCUCAUCGACAGACUCCCCAGACAUGCCACCGAAAGCCUGCGAACAACACCAGAAACUCGCCACAUCAGCCUCGACGACCUCGCAGGAGGCGAUGCGGCAUCCAUUGAUGAAGAAGCGGACGGCUUCUUGAACUCCCUGACGCCAACCCCUCGACGAGCCCGCAGCCUGGCAACGACUACCGGGCUCGUGAUUCACGCCGCAGCCGACGGCAUCGCCAUGGGGGCGUCUGCCACUUCGUCCAACAUGCGCCUGGGCUUUGUCAUUUUCAUUGCCAUCAUGAUUCACAAGGCCCCGGCUGCGUUCGGCCUGACGUCGAUUCUGCUGAAGCAGGGCCUGUCGAAGCGGGCAGCGCGAGGCCACCUUGUGAUUUUCAGCCUGGCAGCCCCUGUUGGCGCCCUGACGACGUGGCUCAUGAUCACGCUGCUCGGCGGGGACCACUUGAAGGGGUAUUCGGGGCAGUGGUGGACGGGCAUGUUGCUGCUCUUUUCCGGAGGAACCUUUCUAUAUGUCGCGAUGCAUGCCAUGCAAGAGGACGGCGGCGCGCAUAGCCACGACCACGGCUCGGGCAUCAACGGCUACUCGGAUGGAAGCUCGGCACACCAACGAAAGGCAAAGGGGCCCCAGAUGCGAGACACCUUGGCCACGGUGGCGGGCAUGAUGAUUCCUCUUGUAGCUCAGCUGGGCCAUUAAACGCUUUGCCGCAUCUCAUAUC